AAAGCAGUCAGCCCCAAGUGAAAAUCGAUCAUUUUUGAAUUGAUUUGAUUUGGUGAGUCGAAGGGCCGGGUGAGAAUGAGUUGGAUUGCGAGUCCUAAGAGAAAGCGGUUCGACGUGUUUGAUUUCGCCGACGACGACGAGAGAGUUGAGAGGGAAUCCGCGGAGAUUGCUGGAAGGUUUAAGAACCCUAAAAGAUGCCGCAAGGCUUCUUCUCCUAUACACAAAUACACGUUUCUUCAAUUGUUUGCAGGGGCAAAUGAAAUUAGUAAAAGUCCAAUUGAUCUUGAAGGCGAAGAUUGCCACAGGACUAAGCAAACCGAAAGUAGCAGCAAUCAACCAAUUGAACUAGAUUCUGAAGUUACAAAACCUCCAUUUUUACAAAGUCGCAAGGCUUCAGAAAGUGAAAAGAUUGAUGGACCAAUUGAUGUUGAUGAAGGGCAAGUCACCAAGACUACACCAAAAACCCGUAGAUAUGAAGUUGAAGAUGUUAAUGCUAGUGUUACAGGUCCGCAAUGCACACCUGCAAUCUGUCCUGUAAACAUGAGAGAAGAGAUUUAUAUCUCGGGUAACUCUUUGCGGUCUUUUUCUUCAAACUAUGAGAAUGAGCGAGUUAGUAUGCGUUCAAAUGAUAAUGGUUUGAUUCAAUUGAGUUCUCCAUCAGCUUCUGCCUCUUCUUAUGUAGAGUUUGGAGGUUCUCCAGAGGAGCAACUUCCAGUUAAUGAUUCUGAUGCACACGAAAUUGAAAAGGAAGAUGUGGAAAUUACUAUUUCCCCUGAUUUCAUAAUGUAUAGAGGCAUGUAUUGCACAGAGGGCCAAUUAACUUUUUCAAAAACCUUCCUCAAAUUUGAGGGCUUUAGUGUAAAUGGGAUCAAGGAGAAGAUUAGUUUUGUUUGGGCUGUUGGUGAUAUCAUCAGUAUUGAUGCAGAAUGGUGUCAAGAGGUUGAAACAGCCAUUAUGAAUUUUGUUCUACAAUCAAAGAGUUCUAAGAGAGUUGGAAAUGCAAAUGAAAUUUCAGUCAUUGAGUCGUUGAAGUUUUCAGUUUAUGAUCCUUGUUGGUCUGAAAGGCAGGAAGCAAUCAAAUCAUCGAGCGUGAGAUACAGGGAUUUAUGGAAAACCCUUUCUGACAAAAAUGAAGAGAAUGCCUUCAUGAGACAGAAUGACAGGUUUUCUCCAAAGUCAUAUUUUUCUGAGCUUCAUGAACAUUUUGAAGAAGUUAUCUAUCCGAAAGGCGAUCCUGAUGCUAUUUCAAUUAGCAAGAGAGAUGUCGAACUUCUUUCUCCAGAGACAUUUAUCAAUGAUACUAUCAUUGACUUCUAUAUUAUAUAUUUGAAGAACAAAAUUCCACCGGAGGAGCAACAUAGGUUCCACUUUUUCAAUAGUUUUUUCUUUUGCAAGCUUGCUGAUCUGGAUAAAGGUUUAUCUGAUGAUUGUCAAGCCAGGUCAGCAUAUCAUCGUGUUCAUAAAUGGACGAGGAAGGUGGAUAUCUUUGGAAAGGAUUACAUUUUCAUUCCUGUAAACUACAGCCUGCAUUGGAGUUUGAUUGUCAUUUGUCAUCCUGGUGAAGUGGCUAAACUCAAAGAUGAUGUAACUGAAAAUUUGCUUAAAGUUCCUUGCAUUUUGCACAUGGAUUCAAUUAGAGGAAGCCAUAGGGGCCUUAAAAACCUUUUCCAGAGUUACUUAUCUGAAGAGUGGAAACAGAGGCAUAACGGCGCAGCAGCAGAUGAUGUUCUUUCAAAAUUUUUAAAUUUACAGUUGGUCCCACUAGAGCUACCACAACAGGAAAAUUCAUUUGACUGUGGCCUCUUCUUACUGCAUUACGUGGAACUCUUUCUUCUUCAAGCACCAACCAACUUCUCCACUUAUAAGAUAACAGAAUCCUCCAACUUUCUUAAUGCGAAUUGGUUUCCACCUGCUGUGGCUUCUUUGAAACGUGGUCGUAUCAAGAAGCUAAUCUAUGAAAUCCUGGAGGAGCAAUCCUGUUGUCCACCGUCAGCUGAUAGCAUCUAUAAAUACUCAUCCUCCCUUUUACCCUUCCACAGUGAGCAAGAACCAGGAGUACAAGCUAUCGACCAGAUUGGCAAUUCAGCUGAAACAUGUCAUAAUCAUUCUGAUGUAAACGAUUUUGCACUCUCUGAUGCAUCCCCUACUUCAAGUCUACAAGGCCGGAAAGACUCGGGGGAGAUUUCUGAUUGUUACGAGGUGGGAAUUUGUAGGAGAUUUAAUACACAUGGUCAAAGAAAUGCCAUGUCACCAAUAGAGGAAAUAGAAGAGAGAAGUGAAGAAAUUGCUGCUGAUUCUCCCAUAGAUCUAGAGGGUGACCUAGCUACUGGAUCAGCAACUGAACCUCGCUUAUUCAGACGGUAUCCUAGCAACGAUGUUAGUGUAUUAAGAACAUCAUGGAACCAACAUUCGUCGUUACUUGUCGAAGAUUCAGCUUUUAACAACUCGAGUAAUUCUCUGCAUUCAUCAGAGAACUUGAUGGAUCUUGAGGUAUCCUCCACCCUUGGAGGGGAAACUGUUGCAACUAUAUCGUCCGAGUACUCGGAUGCAGAUUACUCUGAUUGUAUUGUUGAAGAUUCUCAAGACUCUAGUGGCAUCAUAAUACAUGAUGACAUUUAGAGUACAUGUUCCAUUUGUACUCGAAAAAGCACAUUUCCACUCUAUCCCAUUAACAAGCAGAUCUGACCGUCAAAUCCAGUUCCAAUGGUCGACAGAGGAGAUCAUAUGUCCGAACGUGAUGAGCAGCCAAUCACAAAUGUUCCGAAGGCAUGUACGACUUCUUGGUGCAGAAAAGCAUGAAGCCUUUCGAAAUAGUUUCAUUUCUGAUCCCAUCAACAAGCAGAUUCGAGUACCGUAUUCUGUCUGAAACUUCCCGACAGAAGUUUUGAUGUUAAUGACCGUGUAUGCAAAGGUGAUAAACAGUCACUUACAAAGUUUAUAGGUACUGGCAUCAUGUAAAAAAAUGUUUCUUUUGAGCUAUUUUAGCGUAUAGAUUACUUAUCUGUCUUGUAAAAUUCAGAUUUUCUU